UGGACAAAGAACGAUGUCAAUCAGCUGACAAUUGUUAGAAGGCGAAGCAGCAGCACGGUGUUGAAGUUCGCUGUUAUCUUUUACAUUCACUUUAAACAAACUAGUUGUCUCAUUAAAAUGACCGAGCAGUCGUCACUUCUUCUUAGAAAACAGUUAGCAGAACUCAAUAAGAACCCCGUCGAAGGUUUUUCGGCUGGUCUGAUCGAUGACGAUGAUAUCUAUCAGUGGGAGGUUGUGAUCAUCGGUCCAGCUGAUACGUUGUUCGAGGGUGGAUUUUUUAAAGCGAACCUCACUUUUCCUCACGACUACCCACUUCGUCCUCCAAAGCUGAAAUUUAUUACAGAAAUCUGGCACCCUAACGUGGCAAAGAACGGGGAUGUCUGCAUCUCAAUCUUACAUGAGCCAGGAGAGGACAGGUUUGGCUAUGAGAAGCCUGAAGAGCGUUGGCUGCCGAUACACACCGUCGAGACCAUCAUGAUCAGCGUCAUAUCCAUGCUGGCUGACCCGAACAGUGACUCACCGGCCAAUGUGGACGCUGCUAAAGAAUGGCGAGAAGAUCCCAACGGAGAGUUUAAAAGAAAAGUAGCCCGCUGUGUGAGAAAAAGCCAGGAGAUGGCAUUUGACUAGAUCUUCCCUUCACUGCAAUACUCUCUUCAAUAACAGGAGAGGUAGCAAAUAGCAAGAUCCAUCACUCUGUUCCCGUUUCCCUUCAUAAGGAAAUGGAAAUUUAACACCUGAAUCUUCUCUGAAUGUAUGGUUAGUGUGUGUGGGAGAGAUAGACACUUAUUUAUUUUAAUGAUGGUGUAAUGCAUGGCCUUCUUUUUUUUUUUUUUGCUUUUCUUUCCCUUCUUGCCUCUGAGCCAUCGACUAUAUGCAAAGUCACUUAUGCAAUUUGCCCCCAGAGUUCAUUCACUGUAGCUUCAGAGAACCUCAUGCAACAAACGUCUCCCAUUAAGGAGUCUGUGUGCUCCCUGCUGCCUUAAUUCAUCCUCCUGCACAGGAGAGAAUCAAAGUCAUGUGAUGGGAUGCCAUGUCUGUCAGAAUCCUCCCGUUUUGUUUUUGACAAACCAAAAAGAAUACCUAUUCAUGUAAGCGAGAAUAUUUCGUGUGUAGCAAAUAUUCUACAUCUGUAAAUACUGUAUUAUAGCCACGUCAACCUGAUUAUCUGUCCGUGUUUCUCCUCCACUUCACCUUUAUUCCUUUGCGGCGUUAAAGCCGUCAGUCAUUCGUGUACAAGUCUUGCAGUAAUUGUUUUUUAAUCUGUUGUUUAUUUUCAAUUUACCUUGUUUAUUGCUCAUUAAAAGUAUUUUGUCUGAGAGUCUA